AUGUCACGCAGCGAUUCUACCGCCGCCGAUAUUGAGGGAAUGAUUCAACAAGUACCCUGCAAGGUAUUCGUCGGCCGCUGUACAGAAGACCUUACAUCUGAUGAUCUGCGAGACUAUUUCUCCAAAUUCGGCGAAGUCACGGACGUGUUCAUCCCGAAACCUUUCCGCGCGUUCUCGUUUGUCACUUUUCUAGAUCCGGAGGUCGCCCAGUCGCUCUGCGGCGAGGAUCACAUUAUCAAAGGCGUGUCAGUACACGUGUCGAACGCCGCGCCCAAGUCCGAGGGUAACAACAAGAAUUUCAACAACCAAGUGAACUCGAACAUGAGGGGUGGCAGGGGCGCGCCGGGACCCGUCGAUAAUAACGUGCAGGGCAAUUAUCAGGGUAAUCGUUACAUGGGUCAUUCGGGCAACAACAUGGGCCCGAACGGUUGGAACAAUCCGGGGAAUCGCGGCAAUCUCGACAUGCCGAAUCUACAGGCUCUCGGCAUAACCGGGCAGAACAACGGCGGCGGCGGUGGCGGCGGUAUGUCGAACCCACUGGCCAUGGGUGGUCUGAAUCUGUCUGCGCUGCCGGUCAAUCCAGCACUGGUGGCCGCCGCCUUGAACCAGGCGUCCUGGGGCUUGAUCGGCAAUCUGCAGAAUCAGGGAAACGACCAGGGUUAUUCGAAUCAGCCGGGCCCCUGGAUGAAUCAGGGCGGUGGUGACGGCAACACCGGCAAUCCCGGCACCGGCGGUCCCGGGCCGAAUAACCCGAACGCGUCCCAGGGCGCCUGGCAGAAUCAUCCGGGUCAGCGCGACCAGAAGUCGAAUACCUUUCUCAAGUACGAGUAA